CUUGGGAAACCGAAAGCUAACGCAUGCGGAUGCACAGUGUCACGCUGCCGUUGGUUUCCGAGAGAAUUAUUAUUAUUAGCGGUUUUCCGACAACCAUCUUGUUUGUCCUGAUAUGGCGGACAAUGGAGAGGAUGAUUCUUUUGAGAGAAUCAAAGAGGGCGACUACGUGGUGUUGAAACGAGGCGACAUUUUUAAAGCUGUACAAAUUCAAGCUAAAAAGAAGGUGAAUUUUGAGAGGCAGUGGUUUUUCUUGGAUAACGCAGUCGGGCAGCCAUAUAGCACGACAUUUGAAAUAGAGUCUGGGGGAUCUUUACAACGUAAAAGUUCCUCUGAAACCCACAGUUUUACAGAUUCCAGAGACGCUGGCACCGACAACCGCAACAUCGUUGACGAUGGGAAGUCGCAGAAGCUUGCAAGGGAAGACAUCGAGACACUGAAGGAGCAGGGUGUAAAAGGACAGGAAAUAAUACAGCAGCUGAUAGAUAACAGCUCGACUUUCCGCGAUAAGACUGAAUAUUCUCAGGAAAAGUAUAUCAAGAAGAAGAAAAAGAAGUAUGAAAACACUGUGACGAUCCUGAAGCCUUCAUGCCGCAUCCUGGCAGUGAUGUACCAUGGUCGGGAACCCGGGAAAAUCUGCCACCUGCGGUAUGACACACUCGGCCAGAUGUUAACUUUGGCAAAUGUCCACGCUGGCAGCAAAGUUUUGGUGUUUGACACUUGUGCUGGACUGGUGCUGGGAGCUGUCAUGGAACGAAUGGGAGGUUUUGGCUCAGUGAUCCAAAUGCUCCCAGGAGGCGGGCCUAUCCGGGCGGCAAUGGAGAGCUUCGGCUUCCCUCAACGUUUUCACGACACACUGUACGAGUUCCCCAUCUGCCAUGUCAACGCUCUCCUGGCAGGCACGUUGGACACCUCUGCCAAAGGUUCAUCUGAAGCCAACACUGCGGAGGAGAAGAGAGCGACUGAGACAGGGAUGCAGGGAGGUCCUGAAGAAAUGAGCGUGGACCAAAAUCCUGACCAGGAUGACCAGGCGAAAUUGGAGCAACGUAAAGAAGCCAAAGUUUUGGAAAGAAAGCAGAGGCAGGAGGAGAAGCGGAGGAAGUUGGCGGCGGCUGCUGCUCAGCUGGAGGGCAGAAAUGCGGACGGGUUGGUCAUCGCCAGCCGCUUCCACCCGUCCUCAGUCCUGAUGGGGCUGCUGAAAUUCCUCUCCCCCUCCAGGCCAUUUGUAGUUUACUCUCAAUACAAAGAACCUCUUAUUGAGUGUUUCACUAAACUCAAGGAACAAGGUGGCACCGUCAACCUUAAACUCACAGACACCUGGCUGAGGCACUACCAGGUGUUGCCCAACCGGACUCAUCCUCUGCUGCUGAUGAGCGCAGGCGGUGGCUACCUCCUCUCCGGGACCACAGUCGCCACAGACGCCUCUAAACCAGCAGCCGCCUCCCAGGCAGCCCAGGAACCAGCGCCAAAGAGACUCAAACUGUCAGACACCCAAGUGUAAGCACAAGCCGGAAUACAUUUCAGGGCACGUUAGCUGGCGCCCUCUGUUGAAGCUUCCAGCGUUGAGGAUAGAUGUCUGCUUUUGUGUUCAUCAGAAGACUCUAGUUUAUUCAGCUUGUUGAUGCAGGCGAAGAAAUCAGGUCACUAUGUUUCUUAUGUAACAAACUGAUCAAAUGUGUCUGCGGUGCCUUGAAGUCUUUGCUUUUAACAGCCCUGGCUUUUUGUUUUAGUUUAAAAAUGCAUUUUUUUUUAGUUUGAAUAUUUUUAAAUAAACAAACUCGUGAAGCUGUUUGGUCCC